AGAAGGGGUUCCAGGGAUCGCGAUCAAGUAUAGGCGCACCUCCACAGUCACUCGCCUCUGUUCCUGACCCGAUGAAGCACUCGUCCUUAGGAUGACUGGUAUCGGCAAAGGUCGUUCCUCUCUUUUCUAAUCAAUCUAUAUAACAUCCUCGCAAAAUAUCUAUCCAAAGCUUUCUUGAUAGGUCGUUUCUCACUAUUAAGCGAGCUUUAGUGCGCACGAAAGACUCUGACGCUGCUUAAAAGCAGGCGGUCACGACUUCGUGUCGUCUUACGCUUCCCUUUCGGUUUCUGGCAGCCAAUGCCUUCUGAUCCCUUUAAGUCCAGCUGACCUCUUCAUGAAUGCCCGCGUACCAUUAGUAAAGACAGCGGUAACGGUGAGAAACUAGUGCACUAGAACGCACUUAUUGUUCAGCUCGUCGCCAUUUGUGGCAAACUUCUGAGUUCGGGAAUGUUCCUGAGAAAAGGUUAUCGUGCGUCGGUUUCACCAGCGGUCGUUCUGGCCGUGGCAACAUCCCUCUGUGGAGUGCAAAUGUCGCGCUGCCUCGCGGUAAAUGAAGAUGGCGUCACCACGGACAAAGCAGUACCGAUCCCGCAGAAGAACUUCAUGGACCAACUGCGUGAGAUGGUUGCCAACGCUUUUGACAGUUCAUGGUCGGCUGCUUCGCGGAGACUAGUGCAAGCUGAAGUGUCGCCCACUUGCAGCGCUGGUCUAUUGAAUAUGGCUCGUGGCAUGAGAAAUUUGGAGCCUUGGGCAUUUCGUUUGUUCGACGCUUCCGGCAAGUACCCUAACGGGCUCUUGCAAGCUACGACCUCCGAUCCGGGAGCGUUCGAUGAGUGCAUCGAGACUGUUCUACAUGACCCAGUGUCCGGUCACGAGACCCUGCGCGCACAGUACUGCAACCUCCGGCUGCGGCUCACGAAGGAUCCUGAAUUGACGCGCGAGCUGGUUUCUUCUUUUCGGAUAGGCCACCCAAGGCUAGCCGAGUUCAAGGACUACUUCACGGACGAGAUGCUGUCCGGUGUUCGCAUAGGUAUAUGUGUGUUAAACGACUGCAAUGAGACUGAACUUCAAGCGCUCGUCAACACAGUGAAGCCUCCGGGCAUGAACAUCGAGAUCAACAACUGCGUCACAAGUCUACCGGUACCAUUGAGCAGUGGACAAAAAGGAAUUAUCGCAUUCCUGACAAUACUGGGUACCAUUAUUGUGGCGGCCACCAUUGGGGACCUAUACCUGGCGCGCAAGAAACGAGAAAAAGACAACGCUGGGAUUCUUACUACGUACCUGAUCGCAUUUUCUGCGGCGGCAAACUCCGGCUUGAUAACGAGGAAAACCAACAGCAAGUCAGAUGCCUACGCCCUGCGGUUUCUACACGGCAUUAGGUUUCUCAGCUUGAUCUGGAUCAUGCUGGGGCACUCGUACGGCACCAUUUCGGACACGCUAUCGGGCUUGGCCAACAACGUCGCGUAUUUCGAGAGAUGGGAAAACAUGAUCGUGACGGGUGGCUACCUCAGCGUUGACACAUUCUUCUUCCUUAGCGGUUUUCUGAUGUGCUACACAGUCGCCAAGCAGAGAGCAAAUGGAUGGAUAAUAUUUUUUCUCGCUGUGAUCCGCAGAUUCAUCAGGUCAACGACGCCGCUCUUCUUCAUGAUAAUGUGCAUGUACAUGCUUCCAGCAUUAACGUCUGGACCGGACGCAAAAACUUUCUUCAACAAGUUUUACUACGAAAUCAACAACCAUUGGUGGGACCUACUGCUUCAAGUACGGAAUUUCCGCGGGGAAAUUACUUUCUCUGUGAUGCCACAUGUCUGGUACCUCUCGGCCGAUUUUCAACUUUUUGUUGUUUCCCUGCUGGUCGUCUUGAUUUUGAAGAAUCGUCACAGAUGGAUCCUCGGAGUCUUCAUCUUCCUCUCCAUUCUGGGCUGUUCAUUGGCUACGUGGCAAGUGGCCGGCACGCACAUGAAUCCCUUCAUGGUGGCAAUGACUGAGACCGUACCAAUGCUCGAGGACACUUUGGACAACUAUUAUGUGAUGCCGUUCUACCACGCCGUUGCUUACUUUUCCGGAUGUAUCACAUAUUUCCUGAUGAUUAAUUACAAAGAGCAACGUCUUUCAAAGGUAUUGCAGGUAAUUGCGUGGUGCUUGUCGCUGGCCUCCGGCCUGUGCUGCCUGUUCAUGAAGAUUGGUUGGUAUCAGCAGCGGAACCCAACGACGGAGACGGGGAAGCUGUUCGCUGCGUUCUUCGACCGCAUCCUGUGGUCCCUGUGCGUCUCGUGGGUUACAUUUGCCUGCUCGACGGCGAGGGGAGGCAAGUAG